GUAAUAGACAUGCCUUAGCGGUCAGAAUUGUGGUACAACAAAAUAAAGAGAGAAUGAGGUUUCGGACAAUAUCCAUCUCUCUCACAAUAGUGUGUGAGUGUGUCAUGAAGGAGAUAACACUAGUCCGAAACCAAAUCUUCCUCCCUUUUCGAGCCAAGAAAUUAUUACAACGACAUACGGGUAAGGCACGUCCAUUAAUAUAUGUCUAUGGUUAGAAAGAUAUUAUCUAUGAAGAUAUGUGUGAAAGGUUAAAUUAAAAUAUGGAUAAAAUAAUUUUUAAACACUAAGCGUACUAUUGUUUACACAAUUUAAAAUUAAUAUGUUGUCUACUUUAAGAGAGUCAUGUUUGUAAAAGCUUUAGUGACCGUAAUACGCCGUAGAAAAACAAUUCUGUUAGAUUUAAGGCCAUGUUUAUAUCAGUCGGUAUAUAAAUAUCAAAAAGAUUCUAAAAAUAAUGCUGUAACCAAGUUUAAAAACGUUGAAGUGGGCACAAAUGUGAAACCUUUAGGAGAAAAAGUAAAAGAAACAACAAAAACAGCAUCUUAUGUGGGAAUAAUAUUGCUGGGCAUUGGGGUUACAGGGACACUUUUUUAUGCAGUUUUUAGUGAACUUUUUUCAAGCAAAAGUCCAAAUAAUGUUUACACGAAAGCAGCUAAAAGAUGUACCGAUGACCCACGAAUUCAGGAUAAAUUAGGUUUGCCCAUAACAUCAUAUGGUGAAGAAACACGAAGAGGAAGACGGCAGCAUGUAAAUUACUUAAAAUUUAAAAGAGGAGAUAUUGGUUUUUUAAGGAUGCGAUUUUAUUUACAAGGAGCAUUCAAUAAAGCAACUGUUCAUCUAGAAAUGCAAGAAAAUGCAUCAGGAAACUAUGAAUAUCGAUAUCUUAUCGUAGAAGUAAAUGACAUGUUUAAUACCACUAUUGUGUUAGAAGAUAAUCGUCAGGUUAAUAUUCCUUCAAAUUCUUCUGAAUUGUUACUUAACUAAUGUUAUGGGAUAAGCACAAAUACAGUAGAGAAGUUGUCAAUAUAAUGAACAUAUUUUGAAGUAAUGUUAGAAAUCUUGAGUACAGUGUGUGUUACGAACAAUAGUUUAAUUUAUGGUUAAUGAUUAAGUAAAGUGUUUUGUAAAUAUUGCCAACAUUCAUUUUUUUUAAUCAGUUAUUUUGUCAAGAAAAUUUUCUGAAACAAAAAUAUGUAAAUAAAUAAAUAAACAAAUAAAAGUUAAGGUAAGCAAGGGAUAAGUACUAAGAAAAUUGUUACAAGGAUCAAUUAAAUGAAAACAAAUUAA